AUGCCAUCGCUACGUCCUGGAAUCCUUGCAGCUUUGCCGUGCUUCUUCAACGCCGACGAGACUAUUAACUAUGACCAGUUUGCGAAACAUACGCUGCGUCUUGCUGCGGCAGUUAUUAUGCCUCCUGUUGUUUCGGGGUCCAUGGGCGAGGCCAUCCAUCUAGAGAGGGAGGAAAGGAUUCAGCUGAUCAAAACAGCAAGAAUAGCACUAGACCAGGCUGGCUUUGCGUCCAUGCCUAUCAUGGCAGGAGCUGGGGCACUUUCCACCAGACAGGCCGUCCAGUAUGCGAAGGACGCUGCUUCGGCAGGGGCAGACAGCGUUCUGGUGAUUCCACCAGGAUACUAUGGGCUAGGGGAAGCCAACCUGGAGGCAUACUACACCAGCAUCGCAAAGCAAAGCCCUAUCCCCGUUUUGAUCUACAAUUUCCCUGCCGUUGCAGGCGGCAUCGACAUGUCAAGCGACCAUAUUCUCAGAAUUGCCGGAAAAGCACCCAACGUGGCUGGCUGCAAGCUGACCUGUGCCUCCGUUGCCAAGCUGGCCCGGGUUGCCCAGUCACCACUCAGUCCACGAACCACGGGCAUUCCCUUUUUCGCCCUAUGCGGAUUUAUUGAUUUUCUGCUACCAGGAAUAAUUGUCGGUGCACAGGGUGCGAUCACUGGUGUCCCAAACUUUGCCCCAAAAACUUGUCAGGAACUGUGGGAGCUGUGCCAGAAGCAAAUGACUCCGGAAAAUUUGACCCAGGCUAACAAGUUGCAUCUCCUCGUGUCCAACGCCGAUGCGGCAGCAUCCAGCGCUGGCAUCCCCGGCAUGAAGGCUCUACUUCACUAUCUUGAAGGCUGUGAACCAUAUGUCCGCAGUCCACUGCUGCCUGCGUCGGCAAUCGCCGCCGAAAAGCUUAUCAGUGAUCCUGCCACUGUUAGCAUUUUGGAGCACGAAAAACAGCUCAGCAGCCGUCGGUAA